AUGCUUUGCAGUAACAAAUGCAAUGUUAGGAGGAGGAGGACGACGACGACGAGGUUGUCCGUAAGCCGCAAACCACUCUGGCGCCGUUCAGCACUUGCCUUGAAUGAGCCAUACCCGCCGCAUUGUAAUUUGCCAUCCCUCUUUCCAUCUAUUCAUUCGGUUUACAUUCUUGCUCAACCCGGCCCAUUACAAUCAUCCUCGCUGUAUAAGAACCCCUCGAUUUACCCUUGCCUCCUGCACCGAAACCUUCACGCUCAACAAUCACAUCGGAGUCGCACAAGUUUGAAGCUUUUCAGCCAAUUUAUUGCAUGUACUGUUAUAAAACCCUUGACCCAGACAUUUACAUUUGCUAACCACCGAUGA